AUGACAAACGUGAAUAAUGAAGUACCACCUGGUGCAUACAUAACAAUACAAUCCAUUGUUGUUUUAUCAGAUGAUUUGAGACUAGCAAAAGUAAAACCUGUUGGCGACAAUGUGGCAAACCGUUUUGUGCCACUCACAGAAAUACCCCCGCCACACAUCUCGAAUAAAGGCAUAGCAUCAGGCAGAAGGCACCUGCCAGAUGAGUGCACCCAAAAGCCGCCUCCAAGAGAUGUGUUCAAAGGUCCUCAAGUAGACAUCAUACCAGAGUAUUACGACGAUAAGGUGGCGAAAAAAGUUGACACAGUUGUGAUACCUGAUCAUAUUGACCAUAAACACUUUGAAGUGACAACGCAGGUGCCAUAUUUAACAGUUGGUCCCAUAGAAGCUAUAGGGUAUCAUCCUAGUACAAUGAAGAGUGAACACCCCAGCGAGUGCGAAAAAAUCUACCAGGAUCAUUUAGACGAACAGUAUUCAGAAGAAUCGCAGGAUUACUCAGAAGAAUCACUAGAGAUGGCUCGAAUGCCUAUCUUCCUACAAGGUGACCGUGAUGUCGCUGAAGAAUUAACUUUGGAAAAUUUGUACGAAGAGUCCUAA